AAGACCACAGCUAGGAGAGCAAGAGCUAAGGUGCUGAAGGAGAUAAUGGGAGAUCAUGUUCUUGAGUUUGGGAGAAUUCUUGAUUAUAAGGACGAGUUGUUGAGGACAAACCCUGGAAGUAGUUGUGUUGUUAAACUUGGUGAUGCUAAUGAUCUUGGUCAGCCAGUUUUUGAAGCUUUUUACAUCUGUUUUGAUGCACUCAAGAAGGCAUUCAUGGCUGUUAGGAAAUGCAUAGGAUUAGAUGGUUGUUUCCUUAAAGGAAUUAGUAGGGGCAAUUACUAUGUCUUGUGGCUAGGGGAUGGAAUAACCAAAUGCUUCCACUUGCUUGGGCGAUAGUGGAAUAUGAGAACAAAAAUACUUGGACUUGGUUCUUGACUUUGCUGAAGGAGGACUUGGGAUUAGGAGAUGGCAUAGGCUACACUAUUAUUUCAGACAUGCAAAAGGGACUUGAAUCAGCAACUAGGGAACUGUUGCCAGCCUGUGAAGAAAGAAGGUGUGCUAGGCACAUUCUUGCUAACUGGUCAAAGGAAUGGAGAGGGCUUCAAAGGAAGCAAGUAUUUUGGAAGUGUGCUAAAAGCACUUAUGAGGCAGAAUUUAAUGCAAAUAUGAAGUUAUUAGGAAAACUUGGCAAUGGAAUAGUUGAUGAUCCACUCUACUAUGAUAAAGAGUAUUGGUGCAAGGUGUUUUUUAACACUGAUGUGAAGUGUGAUUCAGUUGAUAAUAAUAUGUGUGAGAGUUUUAAUGCCUGGAUUUUGGCAGCUAGGCACAAAACUAUCAUUAGCAUGCUUGAGGACACUACUACAAAAUUGGUCUUUAGUGGCAAUUAUUUAACGGCAAUACAUUAA